CGAGUCGAGUCACCCGACCUCGGGGUUUUAGGGGCGAAGGGAUCAAUCAUCCCCAACCUUCCUCAGGCUGGGCGGCAUGGACUCACUAUUAAUUGAUCUCGAAAGCAAUGCCAAGUCAAGGUCUCCGGUGGAGAGGACACCACGGCCUCGCCGCGUCGGCCUUUCGUGCCCCAAGUAGCCAGGCUGUGAGCGUCUGGGGAGAGGCAGCCCAGCGGGAUGGAAAGCAGUAGGGACGCCAGUAAAGGCCAGUGUUUAUUAGCGCUGUCGGGCACCUUACAGGUUAAAUCUUCAAACCACUCCUGUGACCAAAGACACACAAUGUCAAUAGCUCGUUCAUCUGUCCAUGCCAAAUGGGUCGUGGGGAAGGUGAUUGGGACAGCAAUGCAAAAAACUGCUAAAGUGAGAGUGACCAGACUUGUUCUGGAUCCCUAUUUAUUAAAGUAUUUUAAUAAGCGAAAAACCUACUUUGCCCACGAUGCUCUCCAGCAGUGCACCGUUGGAGAUAUUGUGCUUCUCAAAGCUCUACCUGUCCCGAAAACAAAGCACGUGAAGCAUGAACUGGCUGAGAUAAUUUUCAAAGUUGGACAAGUCAUAGAUCCAGUGACCGGAAAGCGCUGUGCGGGAACCACCUACCUGGAGAGUCCAGUCAGUCUGGAAACCACCCACCUAAGCAAAAACCUGGAAAAACUCGAUCUCUCUUCAACACAGUGAAGGAGGAUUGGAAAACGGAGCCAAAAGGGAAGGAUUUCUAAGUUUGCUUUAUGGAAAAAUUUUUAUAAGUUUCCUCACAAACCGUCCAGUUUCUCUUCUGGUAUUUAUGAACUAGCUAAAAGUAAAUGAAGUAAAGGCCUUGUUAUAAUUUUUCAUAAAGUUUUACAGUCAUGUUUCAAAUUUCCUUCUCAGCGAACAUACUUUCCUGUUACACUAAGUGUGCCUAGCAGUGCGCUGUAUUGUUUGUAAGCUCACUGUUUUAGAAGGUGGUUUUUUGUUUUUGUUUUCAUUCAGAGGAAUCUGGAAUUUAUCUUAGAACUUUUAUUUUGGGAGAAGAAAACCUUUUGGUAUCAUAAACAGAUAAGACCACAUUAAGUGUAUAUUUAUUUUUGAUACUAUAUAUUUGAAACUAAGUUUUUCUCUGAUUUAGCCAAUUCCAAAUGGAAACAAUUAACAUGCUGGGGUCAGAUUUUAUCAGACUAAAGUCUGUAUUAAUAAGCAUGUUGACACGCAGAAAAUAAAACUAAAAUUCUGUCA